UAUUUCUACGAUAAGAAGUAUUUAUAAGCUACUGUGGAUAUUUGGCAAACUCCAUAAGACAUCAAAAUGAAAUAUUGCAAGAUUUAUAUCAGUUUAUUGCUAUUAGGAGCGUGCCACUUGUUGACUGGUGACGAUGAACACUCCGAAGAUUUAGAAUACUUUUUGUACGAGGACAAAGACGGCAAUCUUCAAGUAGAGUAUCUCCUAAAUAAUACUGAACUAAAGCUCACAUCUUCGGCUUCCGAUGUAAAAUACCUUUUCUUUAGUAAAUCCAAUCCUGACAGUGGCGUAGAGAUUCACAGCAACAAUGUCGAGAAAUUGGCCACGACAUCAUUUACAGCAAGACGAGAAACAAUUUUUGUCAUCCAUGGAUGGAAGGGAAGCCACGAAGCAGAUAUUAACUCACACGUCAGAGAAUAUAUCCUCAGGGACCACGAUGUCAAUAUUUUUGUCGUCGAUUGGAGUCCAAUUGCGGGAAGAAGUUACACAACAGCGCAGGGUUCAGUGAAACAGGUUGGAGAGUAUGUAGCAGAUUUCGCUAGAUCCCUGAAUCAAAAAUACAGUUUACGACUUGAUAAGUUGAAAUUUGUUGGUCAUUCCCUUGGAGCUCAUGUCUGUGGAAAUGCUGGAGCUGCUCUGAAUGGCCAGGUUGAUAGAAUUGUUGGUUUAGAUCCAGCUGGUCCUCUCUUCAAAGACAACAACAAAGACAACCGAAUAGACGAAGACGAUGCAGUAAAUGUACAAAUUAUCCACACUAAUGGAGGGCUGCUGGGAUAUUAUGCCCCAUGUGGAGAUUCUGAUUUCUAUCCUAAUGGAGGAAAAUCCCAGCCAGGUUGUGGAAUUGACCUAACAGGAAGCUGUGCUCAUUCUCGGGCAUACGAACUAUACGCUGAAUCGCUCACUAGCAAAGCUUUCGUUGGGCAACGAUGCGACAGUUAUUCAGACUACGAAAAGGAUAGAUGUGACGGACCAAAAACCAGCAUGGGAAUGUUCCAAAUUGAUAAAGAUGCCUCUGGUUCCUACUAUCUUAAAACCAACAAGAGAUCUCCAUAUGCUCAAGGUUAAAGGUGUUUAUUAUAAUAAAGAAUUAUAUUAUCAAUAAAAUUUAACGUAAAUCCUU